AUGGCGGCAGGGGGUCGCGGCGGGGGUAGAUGGGGACGGGACCGUGAAGGAGGUGGCGGUUGGAAUAGGGAUGGCGGAAGGGAUCGGGGCUGGGGUCCUCGCCGCGAUCGGGAUGGGGAUGGGGAUAGGGGGCCGCGUAGGGACUUUGGCAGGGAGCGCGAUUCAGAUCGGGGCCGCGAUUCGGACCGUGGCAGGGAGCGCGAUUCAGAUCGGGGCCGCGAUUCGGACCGUGGCCGUGAGCGUCAGGCUCGUGUGGAAGAAGAUGGUGGUGGCGGUGGUGGAGAGGGCGGCCAGCAUAGGGAGCGUCGGCCUCCUCGUGGAGGAGGAGGUGGCGGCGGUGGUGGAGGAGGGUUCCGGUUCAAAGAAAGGCGCCGCGACGGCGAAGACGACCGCGGUAACGAUCGCGGCAACGAUCGCGGCAACGACCGUGGCAACGACCGUGGCAAUGACCGUGGCAAUGACCGUGGCAACGACCGUCGGGGCUUCAGGGCCCGGUCGCGCUCACCCCGGCGCAACGACCGCGACGCUCGAGGGGACCCCGUGCGGACCGCGAGCGCCGGGACAGGAGGGGCUGGGGACCAAGGCGGCGAUCCUUGCUUUGCGUCGGAUUCCAUCAAGAACUUCAAAAUCCUCGUGGCCGCAAGGGUGGGCCGGGAGCCGCACGAAAUCUUGCUCAAGCGGCAGGGAGAGCGCCCCUUCAAGGACCAGCUCUCCCUCCAGGACUACGGAGUUAGCAAUGGUGUGCAGCUGGAUCUUGAGACCUCUCUCAUCACGAGCUCUUCUCAUCCCUUGUCCAUUUCCUCGUUCCUCUCAAAAGAUUCGGACCUGAAUAAAAUCCGCACCGUCGUUCAAGCUUCCCACCUCGGGCCCCUCGUCAUGGCAUCUACCAGGACCAUCACUCGCCGCCCCGCGGCCGCAAAGACCCAAACCACCCUCACCCGGCCCUCCAAGGUCAAGAAACUCGGCACCGUCCCCGCCGCCACCACCACCACCACCACCACUACCAUUACAACAACGACCACAUCCGCAGGCCAAGUCCUCGUCACAACCGUAGUCCCCACCACCUCCUCCCCGAGCCCCUCCCUCUCCGCCGCAACCCCCACACCCACCCCCACCCAGGACAUGCGGCACCAGCUCUCCCGCAUCGCCCACUCCACGCGCACCCCGUUCGAGAAGCGCGUGUACAGCGCCCUCUGCCAGAUCCCGCCCGGCCGGUUCACCACCUACGGCGUCCUCGCCGCGCACCUGAGCUCCUCCCCGCGCGCCGUCGGCAACGCCCUACGCCGGAACCCCUUUGCCCCCGAGGUCCCCUGCCACCGGGUCGUGGCCGCCGGCGGCGCAUUGGCGGUUUCAAGGGCCACUGGGUCAAGGGCGUCGACGAGGCCGGUGGCGCGCUGGGCGAGACGCUCGAUGAAAGGUGGGGUUGCUGAGGAGGAAGGGGUGAGGUUGGCGCCGGAUGGGAGGAAAGCGAUGGGGACGCCCUUUGAUGGGUUUGCGUGA